UGGGCAUCAGACAUAUACAAAGUCGCCCAAUGCCAAUUCCCAGAUCGCAUUCAUAAUUCUGGCCCAGGGUAGUUAUUUCAUACACAUCCCGGCCGCAUCAUGGACGGUUCCUUCAGUUCAGAGAAAAAGACCCCCUACCAGACCGAUGAAGAGAAUGGGGACCUUGAGGCCGUACCCGGCCACCUCGACGAGGCCCAAGUCUUUCAGCAGGGCCUGCACCAACGACAUAUUCAGAUGAUCGCCCUGGCCGGGACAAUUGGCACAGGGCUGUUUUUGAGUUCAGGUCGCGCCAUUGCUCAUGCAGGACCGUUGGGAGGGUUCCUGGCGUACAGCAUCAUGGGGCUGUUAGUGUCCAGUGUGGUGUUUGCGGUGGGAGAGAUGGGUGCCUUGGUGCCGUUGGCCGGCGGCGUGAUUCGCUACGCAGAGAUCUUCGUCGACCCCGCCCUAGCCUUCGCCAACGGAUGGAAUCAGAUAUAUUCCUACCUCGUUUCGAUCCCGUCGGAAAUUGUCGCCGCCGCCGUGGUGAUUGAAUUCUGGACGACCAUUAACAAUGCGAUCUGGAUUACUGUUUUCGGGCUGUUGAUGUUGAUCACGGCCCUGGUGUUUGUGCGUGUAUAUGGUGAGCUUGAAUUCGGCUUCUCCAUCCUUAAGAUUAUGCUUGUGAUUGGCAUCAAUAUAAUGGCCCUCGUCAUUACGUGUGGCGGUGGUCCAAACCAUGUCAGUAUCGGCUUCCGCUACUGGCGCGACCCGGGUCCAUUCGUACAAUAUCUGGGCAUCGGCGGCUCCUUGGGACGGUUCCUCGGAUUCUGGACAGCCCUGAAUAGUGCGCUCUACUCCUAUUCCGGUAUCGAAAACAUCACAGUUGCAGCAUCCGAAACACGAAACCCACGUCGAUCCAUCCCCAUGGCCGCUCGUCGCAUCUUCGUCCGAAUCAUACUCUUCUACGUGUUGACCAUCUUCAUGAUCGGGUUGGUGGUUCCCUCCGACGACCCUAACCUACUCGGCUCCUCAGGCACAGCCUCGGAAUCUCCCUUUGUCAUUGCGGCGCGCAAUGCCGGUAUCAAAGUGGUGCCUUCGAUAAUCAACGCGGUGGUGCUGACAUCGGCUUGGUCAUCUGGAAACUCGAACAUGCUGGGAGGAUCGCGCGUGAUCUAUGCCAUGGCAGCAGAGGGUCAUGCACCGAAAGUCUUCAUGCGCAUGAACCGGUUCGGCAUUCCGUAUGUGGCGGUGACACUAUUGGGAGUAUUCAUGGCGCUGGGAUAUAUGACGUUGUCCAGCUCGGCCAGCACGGUUUUCACUUGGCUGCAGGACAUCGUGUCUAUCUCGACAUUAGUCAACUGGGGCAUCAUUUGUAUCGUGUACCUCCGGUUCUACUACGCAUGCAAGAAGCAAGGGAUUGAUCGUCACAAGGAAUUGCCGUGGGCGGCGCCCUUCCAGCCAUGGAGUACAUGGAUCACGUUGGUGCUGUUUUGCCUGCUGUUUCUGACGGGCGGGUACGAGACUUUCAUUCACGGUCAAUGGGAUACGGAGACUUUUAUCUCGUCGUACUUGAACGUCCCCAUUAUUUUUGUGCUGUAUUUUGGGUACAAGUGGUGGAUGAAGUCGAAGAUCAUUCCGCUGGAGGAUGUGCCUGUGCGGCCAUUCAUCGAGCAUUACCAGAAGAACCCGGAGCCGGAGCCCAAGCCGAAACGGGGGUUACGGCGCUUGAAUAUUUUGUGGGAGUAAUGUAUAUAUAGGUGUUUCUAUAAUGUUACAUAGCAGUGUGUAUUAG